CCGAACGUCAUAAAACGAAUUAUGACGUUGCAAGAUUGUUGUUGCACAGGCUAUAUUUAUAGUCUGCACGACGGUGUUCAUUUUUCAGCAGUCAUGAGUUUUCAAAUCGCGUAUUGUGGAAGCGAAUGUUUCGAAAACAAUGAGCAGAAAGAACACGAUGAAAAUAAGGACAACAAGAUUAAGACAAGAUUACAAAACAAUACAGAUAACGCAAAAAAUGGUGAAGGCGACUUUUCAACUGAGGUAACAUCAAAAUGGCUAAGCUUUUCAAUCAAGCUUCAUGAUUUUUGUACUAACUACAACCGUUAUAGUGAAGAUUUUACGAAUGAUGGAGUUGAGAACAAAAUUAAGCGUAUAAGAAAUUGCGCUUUUGUUGAAAAACAAGUUGCAAAUAAAAAUAAAUCUUCCAUAUCACCAAUCGAUUCUGGUAACACACGAACGGACUCAAAGAAGAUGGAAACGGACACUGUCGCCUUGAAUGAAGGACUAACAGAAACCAAGGAUGUAUUUGUCAAACCUCCUGUGAAAAUGUCUGGAUUCCUCUCGUCUGUAGGUGAGCCGUGGACAGCAGACGACAAUAUUGUCAAUGAGGAAAAUGUUACCACAGUGGAGCAGGUUCAACCAGAAGGGUGCUUUUGUUGGCCUCUUGUUCAUCUGGUUUACAGAAUACGAUACCGAUUGUUUGACAAGAAAAGGGACAAGGAAUUUAAAAAAAGACAAAAAUCUAAGGAUUAAAAAUAUAGAGAAAUACUACGAUAUUAAAAGCAGACGACAGAAGAAUCGACUUGCCUGAAAUUUUUAUUAAUAAAAGAUAAAAUAAAAAAACCCACCAAAGUUCACCUUAUUUAGAAAUCAUGGCUCCAGACGUGCACGACAUGGACUAUUUGACAUAAGCGCUGUUUCGGUGUAAUUCAGUUUGUCUAACAAGCAUUCGUUAAAUUAUUCUUGCUUUUUCCAAAUGAUU